AUGCCAUACCCCUUCGCGCUGCCUACGACGUCGCACCUUACCUUCCAAACCCACCUGACAUCGCUCACGCACCCAUCCCUUCCUGCCACCGUGACUACAGCCCGGAACAGCCUUCGCGCUGCCCUUAAGACGCAUAAACGCCUUCUUUCUGCUUCGCAAAGCGCCAAUCUUCCUCACAUACUCACCAUCUUGAGCGAGUAUACGCCGUACCUCCUGGCUCUUGACGCUGGCCUCAGUGGCAAACCUGUGUCUGGGGAAGAUAUCGACAUAACGCUCUUGAAAGAGGUAGAGGUAGAAUGGCGUCCAACUCUCCUCGCAAGCCCUCUGCCCGGGUGCGAACCACCUCGGGUCAAGGGCAAAGGUCUUGACUACGAAAUCUACAACACCCUACACACACUCUCUGCAGUGCACGCUCUGCUCGCCCGCUCCUCGUUACUUAGGCUCUACGUGCCCUCGUCACCCACCCACACUGCUCUAACGCCGGAAGCGCGAACCGCAUCAAUCCAAAACGCGACCAAGCACCUUCUUACCGCCCACUCCAUCCACACGCACCUUCUGCACCUCACGCACACCAGCGCCGAUGGCCCCCCCUCAUUCCCCAAGGAAGCAGUUGACAUCCAUUUCUCGACGCAAUCAUGCCUCGCGGAGCUGAGCCUGGCAGAAGCAACGCUACUCUUCGUGCUGAAAGAUGACGCUUAUCCGGCACUUCUGCAGCAAAGCCGCGAUAAGAAUGAUAGGGAGUGGAUGGUCAAAGCGCCGGAUAUACCACGGGUGAGGGCUCAUCUUUUUGCGAGAUUGUCUCUGGGGGCGGCAGAGCAUGCUGGGAGGGCAGCAGCAGCAGGGCGGGGUGGUUGUGCAGAGGGAGAAGGGAACAGAGGGCUGGCGAAGGACUUAGUUGCAUAUUGUGAGGACCUGAGGAGGGUGAGCAGAGCGAAGGCUUGUCGGUUCUUGGGUGUUGAUGCCGAAGCAUCUGGGAAGACUGGAGAAGGUAUAGCGUGGUUGAGAGCCGGGAUGACAGAGCUGGGUAUGGAUAUCCAGAAGGAUGGAGGGGAAAAGAUGAGCUUUGGAAAACUGAAGUCGUCCUGGGUUGAGAAGAGGGAGGACAGAAAGAUGGAGAAGGGAAAGACGGCGGAAUGGGGUGCUGAUGCGGGUAAGACGGAGGAAGGAAGGGUUCUGGAAUGGCUGGAAAGGAAGUGGACCAAGCAGAAUGAUACAAUGAACGUGCAGAUUGUGCCGGAUCAUGCCGCGCUGGUGGCUAGUAUGAUGCCGAGUGGAAGGGAAGCGUUCGGCAGUAAUCUCAGCGCUUGGACCCCGAAAUUGCUUGGAGAGGAUGUUCUAGCGAGGAUGAGGGCCCCGAUAGAUGUUGAUGAAGACUUACGAGAAGAGCAAAGCAGCGGUGAUGAGGUGGACAGUGACGCUGGAGAAGACAGAAAGGCAAGACGGGCUCCAGCUGGGACCUCGCUGGGGAUGAGAGGAGAAUGCGAAGGCAACGCUUACUAUUGA